AUAUUUUAACGAAUAUAUCGUCUGCUAAGUAUCUGCGAUUUAUUUGUUCAGAGCUGGCUAUUGACUUUAUAUCGUUUUUGAAAAUCGGACAGUUUAGGUUCAAUUAAGGUAAAAUACUACUUUAUUAGUUAUUUAACAUAAAUAAUAUCUUGAGAUAGUAUUUUGCUAAAAAGGUAGAAUUAUGUUAAUAGUGAAAUGGUGUCACGUGUUUAUCAAAAAUAGAGAGAAAUAUGUAUAAUAGCCAAUUGGACGUAGAUCGAAUCUGGAUCUUGUAUCGAGUUCUAUCCACUAUUAAUCUUCGAAAAAAAGGCUAUUGUCAAUUGCACUAGAAAUCAUUUAAACAACCUAUUCAAUCCUCUUUCUCAAACAGAUAUUAUAACAACUGUAACUAUUGAAUAGACCGAAUGGAAGAGAAUAACAAUGAAAACAGAAUUAACCUUGAUGCCCCAAGAUGGGAUCAGUCCUCUUUUAGUGGAAGAGCAAAACAUUUUUUCUCUAUAACUAACCCUUUAAAUCUUUUCGCUUCUCACGAUGAACUAGAAAAAGCAAAGGAGCUUGUUAAGCUCUACAAGUCCAGAAAAGAACCACCUGGUGUCACUGCAGAUCAAGUUUGGAAAGCUAAAUGGCUUUACGAUUCGGCUUUUCAUCCUGACACCGGAGAGAAAAUGUUUCUACCAGGAAGAAUGUCUGCUCAAGUACCUUUUAAUAUGGCAAUAACUGGAUUUAUGCUGACUUUCUAUAAAACUGCACCAGCUGUCAUUUUCUGGCAAUGGAGUAAUCAGACAUUUAACGCAGUUGUUAACUAUACUAACUCUAAUAAAAGUUCGGGAGAGAAUGACUCCGAACAAAUGAAACAACUAGGAAAAUCUUAUAUGAUUGCCACGGGUUCGGCAACUGUGACCGCCCUGGCUUUAAAUCAGAUUAUACACAAAUUUCCAGCAAUUUUGGCCAGAUUCGUACCUUUGGUGGCCGUAGCAGCGGCCAAUUGCUUGAAUAUCCCAUUCAUGAGAAGUCAAGAACUUGUUAAAGGAAUAACGGUGUUUUCAAAGGAUGGUGAAAAGGUCGGAGAAUCAAAAAAAGCAGCUAAGAGUGCUAUUUCUCAAGUGGUAUUUUCGAGAAUAGUAAUGUCUUGUCCCAGCAUGAUUUUAUCCCCACUCCUAAUGGCUCGUUUAGAGAAAGGAAACCUGUUGAAGAAAUAUCCUCGCCUGAGUGCUCCUAUUCAGAUUAUUUUCGUAGGAUUUUUAUUGUCUUUUGCAACGCCUUUAUGUUGUGCCAUAUUCCCUCAAAAGAGUUCUAUGACAGUGUCUAAGAUGGAAGGUGAUAUUAAGGAAAAGGCAGAAAAAAUGGGAUUGACCAAAGUCUAUUUUAACAAAGGAUUAUAG